AUGAAGAUUUUGGCUGCUGAGGGUCCAGACAUAACUCCCAUAGAAUCCUCUGGCGAAUGGCACAGCGCAACGUUUUGGGUUCUUGUAGUAGGUGCGACUUUGUUAGCGGUAAUCUUAGCCGCCGUCGCAUGCUGGGUGGCUCGGAGGAGAUCUUCGCUUGCUCACAAACUUGGUGGAAAGCGAGGUCCCGACAAGGCGCUGGUGUUCCAGCCACCCCGUCGUGCGACAGCCGUUCGAUCGCCUGGCUCAGCUACACACUACUUACGCAAGUCGCCUUCGCCAACCGCCGCUGGCCCGCCGCAACCGCAGCCCACGUCUCCCCCACGUCCGCAUACACCCAACCCGCCGUCAGCAGCUACGACCCCUCACACUCCAACUGCUCCUAAUGAGCCGACGCCCCUCAGCAAGGAACUAGCGGAUGUCCACGCCACGGAGAAGGUCAAACCCCUGGAGCCAGAAAGCAAUGAUGGAAAACUUGGAGAUCUGCACUUCAAGCUGUGGUAUGAAAAUGUAAAGAGUGCUUUGGUGGUGUCGGUGGUUUCUUGCCAGAACUUGCCAGGUCGUGAACCAGCCGGACCCGACCCCUAUGUCAAACUACAACUUCUUCCUGAGAAACAGCACAAGGUCAAAACUAGAGUGGUGCGCAAAACCCGUUGUCCUGUUUACGAUGAGGACUUUACGUUCUACGGAAUCGCUCCGCAUCAGCUCACUGGCAUCACUUUACACUUUGUUGUUCUUAGCUUUGACAGAUAUUCCCGUGACGAGAUAAUAGGCGAAGUGGUCUCUCCAUUAUCCACCCUUCAAUUGCAGAGUGGUGAAGCUAUGGCGCUGUGCAGGGAGAUACAGCCUCGUAGUCUUAAGAUGCGAAGCGUGGGUCGUGGCGAAGUGUUGGUAUCCCUUUGCUGGCAACCGGCCGCCGCAAGACUCACUGUGGUACUGCUGAAGGCACGCAAUCUGCCCAAGAUGGACGUCACUGGACUCGCUGAUCCAUACGUAAAAAUGUACCUGCUAUACAACGGACAGCGCAUCGCGAAGAAGAAAACACACGUGAAGAAGCGAACCUUGAACCCUGUGUUCAAUGAGUCGUUCGUGUUCGAAGUACCCGCUGCACCAAACGCUACACUGGACCACGUCUCGCUAGAACUGCUUGUGUUGGAUUGGGACCGAGUCACUAAGAAUGAGGUGAUCGGUCGCGUAGAACUCGGGGCUAAUGGAACAGGCAGCGCCCGGCACCACUGGCGCGAAGUGCAGGCCGCACCUCGGCGACAGAUCGCUGACUGGCACAAGCUUAAGGAGUAA